AUCCCCGACGCCAAAAGCCUUGCUGCCCCCCAAGAUCGUUGCAGGUGCUGCUGCUGUUGCUGUUGCUCAGUUGCCAUCAUAAUAUUGUAUCGAGGGCGUCUUCAUUCUGCAACUAUCAAACAAAAUGACGAGAAGAAGAAGAAUAGAUCGGUUUGUCCUAUUGUUGGCAUGGCCUUUGUUAUCCUCUGUAAAGGCAUUCACUCUCUUGUCCAACCAGCGAUCCUCUUUGGAAAGGAGUUCCAAUGAUGCCUUGAAAUCCUCUGCCUCCAUUACCGAGAAAGAAGAUGCCCUCAAUGCAGAAAAAGAAAAUGUGACACCAAAUAGGCUAGGAGGCAUAUCCUUAUCAUUGGAAGAAUUAUCGGAAGCAUUGGGUGGCAUGGGUCGAGCCAAGAUCUGUUGGGAUUUGUAUUCCAUUGGCGUCGAUCCGGACGACUAUUUUGGAGGGACCAUGGCAGAAAGUGAUCGAGAGGAAUUCUGCAAAAUGUUGCCAUCCUGUCGACGCACUCAAAACUUAUCCUCGAAAACCCUGGAGCGCCUGGCCAGUUUGUAUCCGCAAGGACGAGUGGAAGGAGGUGUGGCCUCGCUGUCACUUAUUUCCAUCAGUGAGGAUUUGACUACCAAACUGUUGCUCAAGCUAGCGGAUGGACUGGAAGUAGAAACUGUUAUCAUUCCGUGGGAAGGAGUCCGGUCGACACUCUGUAUCAGUAGCCAAGUGGGAUGCAGUCAAGGGUGCAAAUUUUGUGCUACUGGUCGCAUGGGAAAGCUGCGGUCCCUCACUUGUGAUGAAAUUGUGGCGCAAAUGUUCUUUGCCAAAAAAAUUGCUCGCCUCAACAAUCUGCCAAAAAUUACCAAUAUAGUGUUUAUGGGGUUGGGAGAACCCAGUGACAAUGCGGACAAUGUCGUGCGGGCCACACAACUGCUCACCAGUCGAGGUCUCUUUCAACUUUCGGCCAGCAAAACAGUCGUAUCCACCGUGGCGCCCACUCCCGACAGUUUUGGACUCUUUCAAAAGGCACCCUGUGUGCUGGCGUGGUCCGUCCAUGCCGUCAAUGACGCAUUGCGCAAACGAUUGGUACCCACCACCAAUUAUUCCAUGCGCGAACUGCGACAAGGUUUGAUUGAUGCCUUGAAUGCACGACCUCUGAAUUUGAGAACCGUCAUGUUGGAAGUGGUGCUGCUCAAAGGAGUCAAUGACGAUUUGGAUCAUGCCGACGAACUGGCCGCGUUUUCUCAAGUUAUCAUUGACUCGGUCGAGGCAUGCAAGCUGGUCAUCAACGUCAUCCCUUACAAUCCCAUUGAUGUCGUAUCUUUUGAAAAACCUUCCAAAGAGGCAUGCACUGCAUUCCAGCAACGACUCCAGUAUGAGCAUGGCUUGUAUGCAUUUGUACGGGUGACACGAGGGGACGAUGAAUCCGCAGCCUGUGGGCAACUCACCACCACCGCGAAACGCGAAAAACAAUCCUCACAGCCAAAAGGACGGGCGUCAUGAUGGUAACAAAUCGGUGGCACAGACAGUGGUUCACAAGGUGAAAAUUCAUAUUCUGGUGGUUUCUACCUAAUGUAUCAUUAUGUCUACGUGGAUCCCGCAAAGCAAGUCAAGCUCUUUGGCGUUUGGCCCCCAUGUUGGUCUCAAUUUGUCGCCCCUGAUACCACGGAACCCACCCCGAAUUGCACCUCUUGUUUGCCUAAGCCUGCCCCCCUGCCGGCUUCCGUAGAUAACUUCCCUUCUCUAAAACCCCUUAACCCCACAUGGAUGAAGUUAUUGAGGUGACUGUCUAGCUAGGUCACUUUCAAGCAAGUUGUCUAUUCUUGCUACCGGUAGUUGUCAGCUUGGAUUGCCCCAAGGCAUUUGGCGUGGGAAGCUCUU